UUGACAUUUAUCGUAUUGGUUGUUUAUUCAGUAUUUUCAAUUUGUUGAAUUAUUUUUUAUUAGAAAUCGUCUUAGUUUAGUAAAUUGUGUUUAAAUAAUGGUGCAAUUAUUGAAGUAGGCAUACAUAAGAAUGAUUGCUAAUUCUUAUUAGGUAAUCAUGGCCGGCGUCGUACCAAAAAAGGCAACUUCUGGUAGAAAACAAUGGACUCUCAGUGGGCCGUCUGAACGUUCUCUUAAACGUUUAAGAAGCCAAUUAGCUUCUGAUGGCUGUCCAGAGUCUCAAGUAGUCCUUGCUAAACAACUGUUAGAUGAAGAGUGUGAGUUUGAGUCUGAAAAGAAGGAGAACGCACGUCUCGGCGUGUAUUGGCUAAUCAAGGCAUCAGAACAAGGCAACACCGAGGCGACAAAUUUACUAAAAACAUGCCUACAAACAGGAAAAGGCAUUACAGAACACAACUACAUGGAUGUGAAAUCCUGCAUAUCCAUGACGCAGGAUGAAAAGCUCGCCAGAAAAGCAGCCAGAGAAAUGUUUGCUAGUUUAUCGAACGGCGGAGAGUACAUCACAUCAGACCAAUUGAAAAGGAAGAUGUUAGCGAUAGAUCGCGGAGAAACGUGCUCCAAAUCGACCGAAACAAACGAUAUCGACAACGAUAAUUUCGCAAACCAGCUACUAGACGAAGAUUUAAUUUAUAGCGAAUCAGAGGAAGAAACCGAUUGGUCGCAAAGGUCAGAUAGUAGUAACGAGAAAUUAACCGAAGAUCAUCUACUCGCCGCCGCUGUAGAUUACUCACACGGCCAGUUACCGGAGCUGAAUCAAAUAUUAUGCCUGUCCGAGCCCAAUUUGAGAGCGCUAGAUCACAUACCGUUCGUGCACAGGUCCCUCUUACACCCCUAUUUAGCUUUAAAAAUAUUGUACUACAAACUGAUAUCGUACCUGGGCAGAAAGACCUGGCCUUUCGUGGGCCCUCUAAUCAAAUCGGAAUUCCAAAUAUUCGUAUUAGUCUUAGCAUACGUGUUUUUAAGUACCGAAAAUAUUUUAGUCGUGUUUCUCACCGUACUUUAUUACACGACGUUCGCUAUAAUGGUGUGCUCGACGUUUCAAAUGCUGCAGCAUCAAAGGGAACUGGUGAAUUACAGGGUGUGGUCGAGCCUCUUCAUUUGCUAUUCCGGGGGUAAUUUAAACGCGAACGAAACCGAAUACCAGUACAUUCGCAACCACAUGAAACCCUACGGGCAUUUUUUCGUCAGUCUAUUGGUAAAUUUGUUUGUGUACUCCUUCAUAUCUGAGCAGCUGAUACCUCAAUCGGAAUUGACUAUCAUUUCUUUCCUGUUAACUUUCAUGACUUUGUUGGGUUUCAUGCAGAAAAUUCGUUCGAAAACCCUGUUCGAUGUGUCUGUAUUAUUCAGUUUUGCUAUUAACGUUUUAGCGAAAUAUCCGUACGAAACGGAUCCCGUGGUUACGCAAGGCUGGCGGUUUUUGGAGCUCAACGUACCGACGUUUCCUAGUUACGUCGUAGGCAACGGUAUAGAGUUUUGCAUCAGCUUCAGGUUCAUUUUAUUCGCGCUGAUUCCCGCGAUUUUCCUGAAAAUAGCCCAUUCGCAGAACUGGCGGGGCACGUACAAAACCCUAAUUCCGCAUUGCGUGACAUUGAGCUGGCUGCAAAUUUGCAUUAUAAGCUCCCAAGGGGCCACCAUGUUCGGUUUCCUCCGCGGCACGCUAGCUCUAGUAGGCGUCGUGUUGUUUCUACCCCUAGUAGGCAUAACUAGCAUACUAGUACCGAUCGCAGCGCUGAGCAAUUGGGUGAUAGAGUCGAAUUUCGUUUACACCAUUUGUAUUUUUGUUAUCUUGAGUACCCUGGGACUCGGGAUUUGUUAUGUGUGCGCUCAAACCAGGUAUAAGAAGUACACCGCGGUGAUACAAAUCGUACUAAUGAUAUCGGCGUUCGGGUUCAUGAUAGAUUCGUCGAAUGAUUUCAAGAGUUAUUUCGAAGAAGAUGUUAAAAAUCCGCAACCGAUGAGCUGGGAUGUGUACCAAAGGUACUGUCACCAGCCGGUGUGGCAGGAGGAAAACGUGGCGGUAUCGCAAGUGAAAUGCGUCGGUUUGGACAAAAUAACCGUGCAAUGGAACGGAUAUAUCAGCGAAAUCAAACUCAGAUCGGUAACGAAUACAUAUAAAGCGAUCAUCGAUAGGUUACCGCAGGAUAUCUCGCGAUAUUUGUACUGUUUCUACGGCGAAGCCAACCAAUCGGAUUGCGAAAACGUGCCGGAAAUCGUGAGAGACAACUGCUUCGCGUUUUACGAUAUACUGAACUCGGUGAAUCGGUGUUCGUUGCGGAAAUACGACGAGUACACGUUCGAAAUCGUUCUCAAAAUGCACUCCAGCAUAUGGGGCAAAGCCACCGAAGUCACUCUAGUCGCCGAGGACGGUUUCAAAGAGUUCGUGUUGAAAUUGAAGCCCACCGAUCACAUCUGGUUCAAAGGGGAAUUGUUCAAUAACGAAAAUUUGGGCUCCGACGGCAUCCUGGGGGGAUUGAAACCUCACAUUCGUUUGGGGGAAUUGGGGUGCUCCUCCUGCCAAGACAAUACUUUAACUGCAAUUAAGCUUCAACCUGGUUCGAGUGUUCGUUUGUUUAAUGUUUUAGAUUCUAUGAGCGUUGGCGCAAAGUUUAUAUUGAAUGUUAUUUUUAAACCGUAUAUAUUAUUUAAAUGAGAUUUGUAUGAAAUUGAAUGUACCUAAAAUUAUUUUUUAAUAUAGUAACCAUUUUUGC